AUGGCAUCGGACCUACCCGUCGAGCUGGUCGAGCUUAUCUUUUCCAACUCCUCCUCUUCCAUAGAAACUAUCAAAACCCUCCGCCUCACAUGUCGUGCCUACGCAAAUUUAGGCUUCCCGUACCUGUUCAAGCCAUGUUUUACCUAUCUUUACUGGCGAGGCGGUGAUGAUGCGCGGCGUCUGGAGAGCUGGUCCCGGCAUGCCCGCCUGCGCCGCCUGCUCCGCUUGCUGACAAUCAACCUCUCUCAGAUGGACGAGUACACUGGGCGGCACUCCUCGUUCUUUCAGUACUGGGCCAUGAUGCCCGAGGAUAGAGAUGCGGUGCUGAGGGCAGGGUGGGGGGAGUACUAUGACAAGGAAGCCGGGCGGAAGGCGGCGGGUUCGACCUUUGAGAGGGAUGGAGUGGGGUUGCCUGCGGCCAUGGGCAUGUUCGAGGCUCUUGAGAAUGUGAGAGUCGUUUUCAACGAAUGUCCUUACGAGAAUGACGUCUUGAGGAGAGCAUUCUCGGAUCCAUCCUCUAGACGGUUUGAACCAGCGCAGGCAAAAGAGACAUUUGAGCUUUUAACAAGGAUGUUGGCCGAGUGUGUGCAUCUGAAGCGGCUGGAUAUCGAUCGCUUUCCCAUGACGAUGCGGCCGUCAGUUGAUAUUGAGAAUCUUUGGGGGGCCUUUGCGAGCAGCACCGGCAGACGACUGGAGGAGAUCAAGCUGGCACUGGACUUUUCGGGGCUCGAAGGUGGGGAGUUGCCCGGGCAGACGUACUCUGGUUGGGGCGAGUCUGUGGGGGCGUUAUUGAUGGAUUGUUGGAGUGUGAAGAAGCUUGCGAUUUCGAAACAUUACUACACCCCGCUGAAAGCUCGAAGGCGGAAGACUAGCAGGCUGAAUCACUUACUUCUGCGGGACAACCCCUUCCAGCUGACGGAUCUGAAGCUCGAGGGGUUUGCGGCGACGGGGGAAGAGUUGUUAAGCUUUGUGACUCGUCAAGUGCCGACUUUGAGAAGGUUGAGGCUUGGUGGAAGGGGAGUUGCGAACCCGAGGGAGAAAUCAAGAGGCGGUAUCUGGUUAGAGGAGGGGACCUGGUUCGCCUUCUUUUCAGGGUUGAAAGAGGCAUUGAGGGAGGAAAAGGGAGUGCUGGAACGUGUGCAUCUUGAGGGUGACUUUGGACAAGCUGACGAGACUGAGUUUGAGAUAGACGAUCACAUUCAGACUGUAUUCGAGACAUACGACUUCUAUCCUACGAAUAAUGAUGAAUGGGAAGCGGUGGAAAGGCCCAAGUGGUUGAGCGGGAGCGUUGCUGAGACUGCCUUGGACGGGGUGGUGUUUGAACAGUACGUUCUUGGGGAUACCAUGCCUUACCCGGGUUUCUUUCUCUGA